AUGGCCACCCGAGGAAUUUGGAAUCAUCCUGAUCCACAAACCACGAUCCUACCGCUCCUGCGCACUCAUCUUCCUUACAGCCUGGCCGUGCUCAGGAGGAUUCAACAUAAUUUUGCCUACCCGUCCUCGACGGCGCAUGUCAUCGCAACCUUUCCGCCCCAGUCACCAACAGUGUCGGGCCUCUCUCCCUCAUCGCCAUGGAUAGUAUUGAUCGUCGAUUUAUUCCGCGGCCGGGAGACCCAGGCAUACAUCUACUCGAGCCUGGAGAAGGAUGGAGCUACCCGGCCUCAAGCCUCGGAGAAUUUCGUGUCUAAGCUCACGGCUCCUCCAGAAAGGCUAGCUGAAGCGCAGGGCCGACUUCUUGCGCUACUGAGGUACGUCAAGACAAAUCUGCUUCCGGAGUAUUUGGCAUCGGAAGCAUCCACUAUAGAUCCGCUUUCUUCCUCCAAUGCCAGUACGACAACAACCCCACUGGCCAAGGUUCCCGCUCCGCCGCCUACAGCGUUCCUCUUCGGGGCCAUGCAUACGGGCCUCCUAGCUCUGCUCACGGCAUCUGGGGAUUAUUUAGAUCCAAACACCAUCCCUGGUGUUCGGAUUAUCCGUCGAGAUGAUCCACCCUAUAUCAAGUAUCUCUUCCCGCCAGAAACAGGCAGGUCCUCUUUGGAUCAAUCCGGAGAGCCAACGACCAAUGCUCUUCCCCAGGGAUACCGGUUCACAGAUCGAAAGGGGCGCUAUGGUGUCCUCCCGCACCAGUUUGAUCUGGUCAGUAGCCGAACGCACAUCCCUCGAUCAAGGGCAUCUCUGGCCAAGAUGGCGGGUGUAGCUAUUUAUUAUGAUGGUAAUACUACAGAUUCGACAGAGGAAGACGAAGACGAGGAGAUGCCUAUCGCCUGGGAGUUUCUCGGAUUCGAUGGAAGCCUCGCCACGUUGCAUGUCGAGCCUGAACAUCGAGGUCGUGGAUUAGCCGUGCAGAUCUCCAAGGAAAUCAUGCGCUCCAGGUUGCUGGAAGGCGCGAUCUUUCGGCAGCAAGGGGACAAGGAGGAAGCGUGGGGACAUGCGGAUGUUGCUGCUAACAAUCUUGCUAGUAGAGCUGUGAUGGAGAAGGUUGGCGGCAAGGAAGCCUGGGCUGAUACCUGGACAGUCAUAGAGCUCACUGAUUAG